GCAGUGACCGCGGCGCCGUGACCUUUGACCUGUCAAGCGUAUUUAUUAUAAUAUGAGCGUUACAUGGUGAGUAUGUAUGUCAAGAUGAAAAAACCACACAUUGAUAUUUAACUACAAUGAUGAAAUGUGCAUAAUAAUGUUAAGUUUCACAGUUUAAUAGCUUAAUUAAAUGUACAUGGCUUGCAAAAGCUGGCCAACUUCAUUUGACAUUCCAAGCGAAUUACGCCCAGUUUUAUUCUAAAGAAAUUUACUUUAAGAUAUUUAUUAUUCCACAUACAAUGAAUUGAUUAUUGCUUAGUUUUAUUGAUACACACAAAGUGACAAUGAAUUUGCUUAUAUUAAUUUGUGUUGUGCUGCAGACCGUAAAUUCGUAUGCGGAAUGUUAUCGUCAUGAUAGUUGUGUGCAAUGCAUUCAAAUUGUGGGUUGCGUUUACGGAGUAACAAGUUCAAGUGCUCGGAAAUGUUUUCAUCGUGACGAGAUUCCGGUUGGAAUUUUGGCAACCUUUCGAAAUCCGACUGCAUGUAAAAGAAUUUACAGGUUUGCAACCACCCAGACGAGUGCAUUUGAUAACCAUUCUAAAAGUGGAAACAAUAUCAUUGUUAAAGAAGAGAUAAUGCACAAUGUUUUAACAGGGCGGGUUUCAACCUCCACCACAACUGAAAAUCAAUUGUAUACUUCAACAUUACCUACUUUCACGACUUUGCCAACGACCAAAAUAGUGACGACCAAUUUUUAUUUGCCGGAAACCUUACAUCCCACACAACCAAGUGUUGAUCACGAGCAAGACAAUUCAGAGACCACAACGGAGACAAUAAUAAACACUGCUGUCGCCGAAAAACUGGCAAUCGAGACUACAAUCCUACCAAUGGUGGAAUCAACUACGCAUUUCUCUGAGCUAAUUCAUAGUUAA